UUCUACCAUCAAAGAAGCAAAACUCUUUCAUUUUCUCAUAUCUCCCCCCUCCGUUAUUUCCGUUUCUUCUUUUCUUUCUCCCUUUUCUUUGCAUUGCCUCUUUCUUCCUUUUUGUUCCGCCAUUGCUCCUUUCUUCCUCUCACUCUGAGCUGAGGCUCUGCGUUUGAUCAUUGACUGCCAUGGCUGAACGUGUUCUGACUCGUGUUCACAGCCUCCGGGAGCGCCUGGAUGCCACGCUGACUGCCCACCGCAAUGAGAUUCUGCUGUUUAUGUCGAAAAUCGAAAGCCAUGGGAAAGGAAUCCUCAAGCCACACCAGCUCCUCGCAGAGUUUGAAGCAAUCUGCAAAGAGGACCAAGAGAAGCUCAACGAUCACGCCUUUCAGCAAGUCUUGAAAUCCACACAGGAAGCAAUAGUUCUGCCACCAUGGGUUGCGCUUGCUAUCCGUCUGAGGCCCGGUGUCUGGGAAUACGUGAGAGUGAAUGUCCAUGCUUUAGCUGUCGAGGAGCUCACUGUCCCCGAGUAUCUGCAGUUCAAAGAAGAGCUGGUCGAUGGACCUGCCAACGGUAACUUCGUUCUUGAAUUGGAUUUUGAGCCGUUUACUGCAUCCUUUCCCAAGCCAACCCUUACCAAGUCCAUUGGAAAUGGAGUGGAGUUCCUCAACAGGCACCUAUCCGCUAAGAUGUUCCAUGACAAAGAGAGCUUAACCCCGCUCCUUGAUUUUCUACGAGUUCACCAAUACAAGGGCAAGACGAUGAUGCUUAAUGAUAGAAUUCAGAACUUGAACACUCUCCAAAGUGUCCUGAGGAAGGCGGAGGAGUAUCUAACGACCCUCCUUCCCGAAACCCCGUAUGCUGAUUUCGAACACAAGUUCCAAGAGAUCGGAUUAGAGCGGGGUUGGGGUGACACCGCUGAGCAUGUGCUGGAAAUGAUCUGCAUGAUGCUUGACCUCCUUGAGGCUCCUGAUUCGUGUACUCUCGAGAAAUUCCUCGGGAGAAUUCCUAUGGUUUUCAAUGUUGUUAUUCUUUCUCCCCAUGGUUACUUUGCCCAGGAAAAUGUUUUGGGUUAUCCCGACACUGGUGGUCAGGUGGUUUAUAUUUUGGAUCAAGUCCCCGCCUUGGAGCGUGAGAUGCUUAAGCGUAUCAAAGAACAAGGACUUGAUGUCAAGCCACGAAUCCUAAUUAUAACCAGGCUGCUGCCAGAUGCGGUUGGAACCACUUGUGGUCAGCGGCUUGAGAAGGUCUAUGGAGCAGAGCACUCGCACAUUUUGCGUGUUCCCUUCAGGACUGAUAAGGGCAUGGUCCGGAAAUGGAUCUCCCGUUUUGAAGUCUGGCCGUACAUGGAGACUUUCAUCGAGGAUGUUGCGACAGAAAUUACUGCUGAGCUGCAGGCCAAGCCAGAUCUGAUAAUUGGAAACUACAGCGAGGGUAACCUUGCUGCCUCGUUACUGGCUCACAAGUUGGGCGUAACACAGUGCACCAUUGCUCAUGCGUUGGAGAAGACAAAGUAUCCGGAUUCAGACAUUUACUGGAAGAAGUUUGACGAGAAAUAUCACUUCUCGUCCCAGUUCACAGCUGAUCUUAUUGCUAUGAACCAUACCGAUUUCAUCAUCACCAGCACCUUCCAAGAAAUAGCUGGAAGCAAGGACACUGUUGGACAGUAUGAGAGCCAUAUGGCCUUCACAAUGCCCGGGCUGUACAGAGUUGUUCAUGGCAUUGAUGUGUUCGACCCCAAAUUCAACAUCGUGUCACCAGGGGCCGAUAUGAACCUAUACUUCCCGUACUCGGAGAAAGAAAAGAGACUAACAUCACUUCACCCCGAAAUCGAGGACUUGCUAUACAGUGAUGUUGAGAAUGAGGAGCAUCUAUGUGUGUUAAAAGAUAGGAGCAAGCCCAUCUUAUUCACCAUGGCGAGGUUGGACCGUGUGAAGAACUUAACGGGACUUGUUGAAUUCUACGCCAAGAGCCCGAAGCUUAGGGAGCUGGUGAAUCUUGUCGUGGUCGGGGGUGACAGGAGGAAGGAAUCCAAGGAUAUUGAAGAGCAAGCUGAGAUGAAGAAGAUGUACGAACUCAUAAAGACGUACAAUUUGAAUGGGCAGUUCAGGUGGAUCUCGUCCCAGAUGAACCGUGUGAGGAAUGGUGAGCUCUACAGGUACAUCUGUGACACCAAGGGAGCAUUCGUGCAACCCGCUUUCUAUGAGGCCUUCGGCUUGACUGUGGUCGAGGCCAUGACCUGUGGUCUGCCCACUUUUGCCACUAACCAUGGCGGUCCAGCUGAGAUCAUCGUUCACGGAAAGUCUGGCUUCCACAUUGAUCCAUACCAUGGCGAGCAGGCAGCUGAGCUCCUCGUCGACUUCUUCGAGAAGUGCAAGAAGGAUCCCUCUCACUGGGAAACCAUCUCAGCAGGCGGCCUGAAACGUAUCCAGGAGAAGUACACAUGGCAAAUCUACUCGGACAGGUUGUUGACUCUGGCGGGUGUUUAUGGCUUCUGGAAAUACGUCUCCAAGCUAGACCGCCUUGAGAUCCGUCGCUAUCUUGAAAUGUUUUAUGCACUCAAGUACCGCAAGUUGGCGGAAGCCGUUCCUUUGGCCGUCGAGUAAACGAAGGCGGCGUGGCGUUGGGGUGACCGAGUUAUAUGACAAUCCCGGCGGCUGUUUGGCCGGAAUAAAAACCUUCAUAGAUUGUGACAAUUGGAAGAGGAUUCUGUUUUGGUCUUUUGUUGGUCACCCUCUAGUUGUCAUAUUUGUUGAGUAGCAAUAGCAGCGAGUGAUUGUUGUUUGCUUUUUAGUUGCCUUUACAUUCUGCAUCACAGUUCAGAGGGGAGAGGAUUUGGAAAUUCUGCGGAAUUUUGUAAUAAAAAUUUUCAACCUUCUAAUGUAAUCCAAAUAUUUUCUUCCUGUGCUCC